AAAGAAUCAAAAUUUCGCCCAAAAAGUAAAAAAGGUUCUUCCACGAAAAUGAACCAAAUCAAUAACAACUGAGAUAAAGAAUCGCCGAGAAACAAGAAAACGAAGGCGCACGACGGAGGCGGAGGAAGAAGAAGAAGAAAGAAGAGAGAGAAACAGUCACCGGAUACUCAGUCCUCCUCCUCUUCAAACCCUAAUUCACCAAUUUUCUCUCUCUACCUAUACGUACAUAUAUUCAUAUGUAUAGAUAGAUAGAUAUUUAUUCGUAGCAAUUUCUGAUCAUUCACAUUUCUGCUUUGUGAUUCCGGUUGACCGUAUUGGCCUUCCCAUUUCUUCUCAUUUUCAGAUCAUACCAGCAGCAAUUGCAGUGUUUUCAAGGGUAAUUCGGUCCAGAUCUGAAACGGCUUUAAUAUAUAUCUUCGAUGGAUGACCUAGAUAUGCUGACUCGAGAUUACGGGUUUAGACCCGGUGGAAAAUCGGCUCCGAUGAGAUCCGACGGUGGAGAUCGUCGUUCCUCUUCCGUACGAUCAUCGUCAUCUUCACCGUUGUAUGAUGAUUCUGAUGGUUUAUUGUACAAAGACGUCUUCGGUGGACCUCCAAAAUACACCAAGUCUAGUAAUAACAACAGUAAAUCUUCGUCGAUGAAUGAUAUCAAUUACGAUUCAAUUUUCAAUACUGGCAAUGAUUCGAAUAGCUAUAACAACAACAAUAAGACAUCGUCCGUUCCGGUGUAUGACAAGCCAGUGUACGACGAGGAUAUUUUUGAUGGAUUGCCAGGACUGAAGAGCAAAUCGGAAUCUGAAAAAUCUGCAUCCACUGUGAGAUUUGACGACAACGUUUUUGCUACAAUGACUUCGCCACCACAACCAAAGAUGAAGGACGAACAUUUUGGUGAUCUGCUUGGGAAUUUGAAGUCGAAUGAGAAGGUAACAGAGCCUAAGAGUAGUACGAGCUCGAGUGCCAAAGAGUUUGAUGAUUUGUUAGCUGGUUUUGGGAGUAGCACUUCCACCACUAAUAAGAGGUCAUUCACAGAGUCUAGUCAUUACUCCAAACCCACUGGAAAUUCAAAUCAAAGUUCUAUUGGUUUGGAUGACCCUUUUGCAGGUUUAGGGUCAACCUCAAUGCCGGCUUCGUCUAACCCGGGGGAGUUCAUGGAUCCACUUGAACAGAUUGGCCAGCUAGGUAAAUCUGGAAAUACACACUCUGAAGCUUCAUCGGUUAGUGGAGGAGUUCUUGAUGAUUUAGAUCCACUGAAUGGUUUUAGUAAGCCUGUCCCUCCAUUAUACUCUGCUAGGAAUAACAGAGGGACGGGAGGGAGUCCUCAGAGGGCAGGAUCAGGAACGAGUGACACACAAGCCUCUUCUUCUAGAGAAAAUAUCGGAAAAUCUUCUUCCAGAUCUUCUGAUAGCCGCUCACAGAAAAAGGUGCCUGGGGAUGGUUUUCAGGACUCUCCUCUGUUUGACAUGCCUUCAGGUGAUCCUCAGAGAUCUUUUGGUCCAGCUGGCUCCCCCCCUUCAUAUGCAAGUAGCAAUAUUCAUGAAACACACUUUGAAUCAGAUACGUCCCCAAGAUCAGAGGACCAAAUGCAGCCUUCUGAUGAUGUAUGGCUUAGUGUAUCAGAGAUUCCUCUUUUUACACAACCUACAAGAGCUCCACCUCCAUCACGACCUCCUCCUCCAAUUCCACGGCGAAAUUUUAAGUCAGAGGCUAGUUCCUUUGCUUCAAAUGCAAGAAAGAAGGGUGACAGAUAUUCUUCUUCUCCAAGUUACAACCAAUACUCUCAAAGUCCUAAGGUUGUUCGUCCUGCAGCCAAGAGCCCUCCAACUUCUCAGUUGGAUGAACUUGAUGAAUUUGCCAUGGGUAAAUCUCCCCACAGUGUGGAUGAAAGUGCAGGAGUUCUUUCUGGUGAAGAUAUGAAUGCAAACUCAGUAGCUGCUGCAUCAGCAGCAGCGAUGAAGGAGGCUAUGGAUAGAGCUCAAGCCAAAUUUAGACAUGCUAAGGAAGUUCGAGAAAGAGAAUCUGCAAAGGCAGCUAAGAGUAAGGAGGCUGUAAACCUGGACAGGGAUGAACAAGCCAUGCAUGAGACACAAGAAAAAGAAUUGAGAGAAAACAAGGAGAGAUUAGAACGUGAACGUCAACAGAGGGAAAAAGAAGAGGAAGAGAGAGCACAAUGGAAACUUGAGAGGGAGAGGGAGAGAGCCAGAGAGGUAGAGAGAGAUAGGGGUAGGCAAGCUGUAGAAAGGGCUACUAGGGAAGCACGAGAAAGAGCAGCAGCAGACGCUAGAGAAAGAGCAGCUGCUGCUGCUCGUUUAAAAACCGAAAGAGCUGCUGUGGAGAAGGCUGGAGCUGAAGCUCGAGAACGGGCUGAAAGGGCUGCAGUUCAGCGAGCACAAGCAGAAGCCCGUGAAAGAGCUGCUGCAGAAGCUAAAGAAAGAGCAGAAAAGGUAGCUGCAGAAGCAAGGGAAAAAGAAGCACGCGAAAAAGCUUCAGCUGCAAAGGCUGAGGCUGAGGUAAGACGUCGAGCAGAACGAGCUGCAGUAGAAAGAGCUGCUGCAGAGGCUCGAGAAAGGGCAGCUGCUGCUGCAAGGAUGAACCAACAAAAGAAUGAUGAUGAUCUUGAAUCCUUUUUCAAUAUGGGUUCUAGAGCCAAUAGUGCACCAAAGACAAGAACAAGUUCUGUAAAUGAGACUUCAUUUGCUUCACAGUUCCAGCACAAGGCAGGUGCUGGAGGGUCAAAGCCAACAUUUUCAUCUACCACAACCUCCUCCAACAGGACAAAGGCAUCUUCAACAACAAGUUUUGCUGAUGAUCUCUCUUCAAUAUUUGGAGCUGCCACUUCAUCUGGAGAUUUCCAAGAGGUUGAAGGGGAAACCGAAGAAAGAAGAAGAGCUAGAUUGGAACGCCAUCAACGAACUCAGGAGCGUGCGGCCAAAGCUUUGGCUGAAAAGAACCAACGUGACCUUCAAGUUCAGAUGGAGCAGCAGGAAAGACACAGAAUAUCUGAGACCCUAGAUAUUGAAAUCAAGCGAUGGGCUGCUGGGAAAGAAGGAAAUCUUCGUGCAUUGCUAUCAACUAUGCAAUAUGUGCUUUGGCCUGAAUGCGGUUGGCAGCCUGUUUCUUUGACGGAUUUAAUUACUGGUGCUUCUGUAAAAAAGGUGUAUAGAAAAGCAACAUUGUGUAUCCAUCCCGAUAAAGUGCAGCAGAAAGGUGCCACCCUUCAACAGAAAUAUGUUGCUGAGAAGGUGUUUGACAUGCUCAAGGAAGCAUGGAACAAAUUCAAUUCAGAGGAGCUUUUCUAGAUGCUGCGCCCAUUCAUUAGCUUUGAGCUCCUUCAGACUUUUUGAUAGAAGAGGUAGGAACAGUUGUUUCAAAGCAGUGCUCUUGGUGACUCUGUUAUAAUCUUCUGUCAUCAUGUGGCAUGCUGGACCGGUGAAAUGGGCCUUUGUAGCAGUGAUGGUUAAGUGCAAUAUAUUACUCUGUUGCUGUAAAUUAAUGUCAGUGCCAAAGACAUUUAUGGUGAAUGGUUCUUGAAUUGACUGGUUUCUGGGAAAAAUGUCGGGCAUUUUUCAUUGUGUGCAGCACGAAAGGAGCAUUGUAUGAUUGAGUUGUGAAGUUAUACAAAAUGUAUUUUCCCUAUUCAUUUUAUCUCUAAAGUCUUUUGUUUUCUGCAUGAGAAGAACAUAUCUCUCUUGCAUCAUUUUUUGAACUGAUGUUGUAUUGAGUAAAUCAGAAUGAUAUUUUUGCACGAUGUGAA